AUGACGGUGCCGCGGGGCGCGGGACGACGCGGCUCGACUUCCCCGCGCGGCGCGAUCGCGGUUCGACGACACACGGCGCGAUGCGCACGCGUCGGCUUCGGCCUCGCGUUCGCGCUCCUCGCGUGCGCGCGGUGCGUCGCCGCGGUCGCUGAUCCGACCCAACGCGACCGCUGCGACGCACCGAUCGACGGCACCGACCGCCCCGUGAUGAGCUGCGACGCGACGGACGCCGGCGCGACUGACGCGGGCGAUGGCCGCCUGACCGGGGUCAGCACCACCGCGGAGUUCCUUCGCGAUCGCUACGUCGUCCGCUUCGACGAUUACCGCCCCAUCGAGGCGCAUUACGACGCGCUCGUCGCCGCGCUCGGCCCGCCGUUGAACGCCGAAGAGGGCGCCAUGGGCAAGCCGUCGACCGACGACGCCCCGACACACGCCGGGGAGAGCGCGACGAGGAUCGAGCACCGCGUUGACCGAGGGUUCGUACGGAUCCCACGUGACGACGACGCGCCGCGAAGCGAGCGUUCGGUCAGGUGGCAGUGGGUGGUCCGAGACAACCCCGCGACGCGCAAGUUUCCCACCGAUUUCGCCGUCAUCGCCGUCGACGCCGAUGAUGAUGAGUUCAUGGCGCCCGUCACGAUCGCGCCGACGACGAAGGCACCCCAGACGGCACCCCCGACGGCACCCUCGACGGACGACGCACGCGCCGAGGCGCUCCUCGUCGUCGGCGCCGUCGACGGGGUGCGGGACGUGCGAAGGGAGCAGCGACUUCUCCGGUCGCUCGCGUGGGAACGAGCCGACGCGCCCGACAACGACGACGGGGGCGCCGACUCGGGUGCCCACUCGGGUGCCGACUCGGGUGCCGACUCGGGUGCCGACUCGGGUGCCGAUGGGGUGCCCACGGGUGCCCGCGUCGGACCCGGCGUGGAUCCCGUCGCGGGCGGGCUUCGAUGGGGAGACGCGGGAGAGGACGUGGGAGGCGCGCCGAACCGAGCCGAGCGACGCCGCCGCGAGAGACGAGGAGGUUCGGGCGCGCACCAGGGUGCCCACGUCUCGAGGCACGGCGGCGGCGGCGGGCCCUCGCCCGGCAGGCUACGCACGCGCCCCACGAUCGGCAUGGAACCCCCGGGGUACGCCCCAGAUCUCGACGCCGGCGGCUUGUACCACGACGACGUCGAACCAUCGUUUGGGGGUUCGACACGCGAGGGGGAUCGCGAAGAACGCGACGAGGUCGAUGGCGACACGAAACCACGCGCGAACGCGGGCGGUCGAUCCCUCGCCGCGGCGAGGCACGUCGUCGACGCGUUCGACGCCGCCGCGCUGUGGCGCGAGGGAUUCAGCGGCAAGGGCGUCAAGACGGGCGUCUUCGACACCGGCGUUCGGGCGGACCAUCCCCACUUUCGCAAAAUAAAAGAGCGAACCAACUGGACGCACGAGCGAACGCUGAACGACGGCUUGGGCCACGGCACGUUCGUCGCGGGGGUGGUGGCGAGCCAGGACGGCGAGUGCCCGGGUUUCGCCCCCGACGCGGAGAUUCACACCUUUCGGGUGUUCACCAACGACCAGGUGUCGUACACUUCCUGGUUUCUCGACGCGUUCAACUACGCCAUCGCCACCGAGGUCAACGUCAUCAACCUCUCCAUCGGCGGUCCGGACUACCUCGACCUCCCGUUCGUGGAGAAGAUCGACGAGAUCGUCGCCAACGGCAUCAUCAUGGUCUCGGCCAUCGGCAACGACGGCCCGCUCUACGGCACCCUGAACAACCCCGCGGAUCAGCUCGACGUCAUCGGCGUCGGCGGCGUGGACUACCGCGACAAAAUCGCGUCGUUUUCGUCCAGAGGCAUGUCCACGCACGAGCUCCCGCACGGCUACGGCCGCGUCAAGCCCGACGUCGUCGCGUACGGCCGCGACGUCAUGGGGUCGAAGAUCGCGGGCGGGUGCAGGAGCCUGAGCGGAACGUCCGUGGCGUCGCCCGUGGUGGCGGGCGCGGUUACGCUGCUCGCGUCCGUCGUGCCGGUUGAGAAGCGGUGGAAAAUCUUAAAUCCCGGGGUGAUGAAGCAGGCGCUCGUCGAGGGCGCGGACGUCAUCGCCGGCGGCCCGAUGAUCUACGAGCAGGGCGCGGGUAAGCUGAACCUGCACGCGUCGAGGGAGAUUCUGCGCGACUACGAACCGCGCGCGAGUUUGGUGCCGGGGAGGCUCGACUUCACGGCGUGUCCGUACAUGUGGCCGCACUGCAGGCAGGCGUUGUACCACGGCGCGAUGCCGUUCAUGUUCAACGCCACCGUGGUGAACGGGAUGGGACUGACCGGUUGGUUGGAAGCCGCGCCCGUCUGGACCCCCACCGGGGGGGACGGCGGCGAUGGCGACGACGGGGAUCGAUCCGACGACCUCGGGAAGCACCUGGACGUUCGUUUCGAGUUUUCGGACGUGCUGUGGCCGUACAGCGGCUACCUCGCCUUUUACGCCCGGGUGAAGAAGUCCGCGUCUACAUCCGAGGGCGUCGCCUCGGGGGUCAUAACGUUCACGGUGUUAUCCCCGCCAGGGCCGGACGAGACGACGCUGCGUCGCUCCACGGUGCGCGUCCCGGUCAAGUUCCAAGUCGUACCAACCCCGCCGAGGGCGAAAAGAGUGCUGUGGAGCCAGUACCACAGCGUUCGAUACCCGCCCGGGUACGUGCCGCGGGAUAACCUCGACGCCAAGAACGACAUCCUGGACUGGCACGGGGACCACCCGCACACCAACUACCACGCCAUGUACGACGCGCUGCGGGAUAAGGGUUACUUUCUCGAGAUUCUCGGUUCGCCGUUGACGUGCUUCGACGCCAGCCGGUACGGCGCGCUGAUGCUGGUCGACGCCGAGGAGGAGUACUCCGAUGAAGAGAUUAAGAAAUUAAGAAACGACGUGGUGCGCAAAGGCCUGGGCGUCUUCGUCGUCGGGGACUGGUACAACGUCAAGCAGAUGGAGAGCAUGCGUUUCUUCGACGAUAACACGCACUCGCACUGGACGCCGGUGACGGGCGGCGCGAACGUCCCGGCGUUGAACGACUUGUUGAAACCCUUCGGUUUCGCGUUUGGCGACGCCAUCUUACACGGCGCGGCGACGUUGAACGGCCAGGCGGUGGCGAUCGCGUCGGGGGCGAACAUCGCGCGAGUACCCGCGGGGGCGUUCGUUCAUAAAGCGUUCGUCGCGGACAAGGCUCCGAAGGGCGGGACCGGGGCGGGCGGGGGAAAGGCGGCGGUGAGCGGCGGCGGCGGGAACAAGGAGCACGUCGUCGCGGCGUUCUUUCAGGUUCCCGGGGAACAGGGCGGCGACGGUUCGCAUCCAAACGACGGUUCAGAUGACGACACCUCGGUCGGUUCACCCGCGGGCAGGUUGGCGAUAUACGGCGAUUCCAACUGCCUGGACAGCAGUCACACGUCCGCUCCGUGUUUUCCGUUUAUGGGCAACGUCUUGGAAUUUUUGACGGAGAACGCUUUGGACACCGGGCUCACGUCGGACAAGAACCUCGCGCCCGAACCGUACGACAACGGCGAAGAGUUGCCGACGCGGCGGACGGACGUCGACUUCGACGCGCUGUCCACCACCAGGGGGGGAACGCCGGGGAACGAGGGGUUGAACCGGUGCGGUCCCAACUCGCCACCGGAGUUUUGGCAAAGUUCCGGCGCAGGCGAAGACGUUGAACAAAGCGGCGGUCACCCCGACGCCAAGACGGUCAUCGGAUGGUCCGAGACGCGCGCGGAGAGCGCGAUGCGCGAGGCGAAGCGGCGGCUGGACGCGGUGCUGCGGCGCCGCGAGUCGCUCGUUAACGUCGAGGGUUCGAGUCCGGCGUCGGUCGUGAGGGACGACGAUUCGUUCUCCGACGCCGACGGCGGGUCGCACCACCAAUUUACGACGCCGCGCGCCAACACGCGCCCGAACGACGACGAUUACGACGCCGACGCCGGGCCCUUCGACGACGCGAAGAAGAGGACGCCGUCGCGGGUGGGUACGCGCCACGACGGAUUCGAUCCCGCGACGCCGUCGAUUGACUCCCGGGACGCCGACCGCUCCGCAGGCGCCGGGCUCGCGUGGGUGGCGCUCGCGCUCUUCGCCGCGUUCGCCGCGCUGGUGAUUCGCAGGGUCCGGCGCAGGCGACGCGGAGGGAAGCGGAGGCAGGAAGGGAGCAGUCCCUUGGCGUCGCGGCUCGCCCGCAGGCGCGCGCUGUGACCGCCGCCCUCCAGGGUCGACGGACCUACGCCAUCGCCUCUGCCUUGUGUGCGAAAUACCUUCGAAGGUAAAAGUAAGUGUUAACCUUAUUAUGCGCUAUUCAUCACGAUGUUUAAAUUC